AUGGACCGCGCCCCCAAGAAUUGUCUUCAAGAUUGUCUUGAAGAUGACUGUUCGGUAGAUUGUCUACCGCGUCCAGAAAAUCGCGUCAUAGGCCUCCCCACGGGCCAGGAGGACGUGACGGAGGGCGAGGUAUACCGCUGGAUGAAAUACUGCGAUCAACUGCCCGCAAUUAAGUCAGCAGAAUUAGAUUCCGUACCAAGCGAACAUGUGUGCGAACCUCUCCGUCUCGGUCGUACCGUUGGCUCUAAACGCAUCAACAGUGCAGGCUACAUGCUCCAUGCCGAGUCCACCCGGCACACCGACUCCAGCACUACUCACAGCAACGCCACUGGGCCACAGUUUGCCCGUCCGCAAUUUGCAGGACCCCAAUUCGCCGGCCCCCAGUUGGCUGGACUGCAGACGACUGAGUUAGGAGCGGAGGUAACGGGGCUGCAGGCAACUGCCGGUGCAGGCACUAAGACGGACCCGGGGUCUCGCCGUCGAGGAAAACGGAAGGAGGAGAAGCGCAAGCAGGCCCUCGUGAGCCAGCACACUGGUGGCCAGCACACGGUGCCGGUGGAGUUGACUGACUGCGAGCGUGGGGAUGUAUGUGCCUUGCACAGUCCGCGGUUAUGUGAGGAGUUCGGCUUUUGUGACCAGGGUUGGAUUCGUUACGGGGAUUGCGAUCGACGGUCAGGUGACCAGUUGCGUUCGGCUGACCAGUUGUCGGUACGUUCGGGUUUAUCGAGACGGAGGUUGCUUGAAUCGGGGGGGUUCCUAGGACGGCCUCAUCGACGACGUCAUUCGACGGGUGUGUUGUGCGAGUAUCACCGACGUCUGGAGAGCGAAGACCUAGCUUCUACGGGAACACAUCGUGCAGAUCGCGCUCCCCCUCCCGAUCUGCUCAUGUCCGAACUAAUUCGCGCCAUCCGUCACGAAGAAAACCGCCUGCCCCACCACUUGGCACAGGGGGAGCUGACACACUUAUCACAGGGGGAGCUGACACACUUGGCACCCAGCCACCUCGCACGCUUGGCGCCGGAAGAAGAGGAAAGCGUCCCCCGGAGUUGUGCGCCACUCUGCGAACACGAAGUCGGCUCGGAACAAAACACGGGUGCCAUUCUUCGCAAGGCCCUCCAGGCCGAGCGUCGGAGUCUCGACCCCGGCGCCGGGCAAGCCAUGGCGGCGGGCUCACGACGCCGGGCUCGCGACCGAGACCGGGUAGACGAAAGGAGGGACGACCGCAGAGACGAAAGGAGGGAGCGUGGCGAGAAGGCCAGGGUCUACGACGCGCGGUCUUCGGACGAGACCGGAGCGAGCCGCGGCAUUGAGGAGCUAACCGGCGCCAGCGAAGCAUCGUCGGCAUUGCCUUUAGAGAACCGGGUGCUCAAGAGCCAACUAGAGAAGACUACCGAAGAUCUCGCCAACAGCAAUCGUGUCAAUGAACGGUAUCGCGACAGACUCAGGUCCCUGGAAACGGAGCUCGAGGAAAUAUUCAACCAGGGAAAAAAGACGGAGUCGUAUUACAAAUCGGAGAUCGAGCGCUUGACUCGGGAAUUAGAUGAAAUCAGACGGGAGUUCGUCCAGUAUAAACUCAGGACGUCCUCCACCGAGAAGUCCCUUUCCGAUGCGAUUAGCGAGAAAGAAACAAUGCAUGAAGCGCAAAUAAAACAGCUGCAAAAUGACAACCAACUGGCAGCCGAAAAAUUAAAGGAGCAGAUCAAAGACCUGAAAAUCGACCUCUGCAAGACGAAGGACCAACUCCGAAUAUCAGAAGCUGAUGUAACCAUUGCAAAAUCCGAAAUUGAAUUGUUGCACACCCGUGUGCACGAACAGCAUGUGUCCGCCGAAAACAAACUGAAUCACCAGCAAAAGCAGCACGAAGAAGAACUGCAUAAGAUUACCUCCGAUUGCGAACACCUUGCGCUGUCCUUAAAGAAGAUUAAAGGAGCUUAUGAUGCGCUGAAAAAAUCAAAAGUGACUGUCGAAGAUGCUGAAUUAUUGGAACAAGCUGUAGACAAACUCAAUGCGGAGAUUGACUCUCGAGACAGCCAGAUUCAGUCUCUAAUAAGGGCGAACGAAGAUUUCAAAGCCAAAGCCUUGGACUUUGAACGAAAGGCAAAUGACAACGAGAUUGGUUUAAACGUCAAGGCGAAGACGUUAGAGGAGCAAAAUAUUUAUAUUGAUUUUUUGAAUGGACGUAUUGAGAGCAGUCAGCAGGAGUCCAUUGAGCUGAGAGAAGCCAUUGCUUCGCUGACAGGAAAAUUGAAGGAUACGCAAGAAAUUAUGGAGGAACUGAAAAGGAGACAGGUGCCGGAGGAGACGAGUAAGGAGUGGGCGGAGAUGAAGCACGAAAUUAUCAUACUCAAGACUGAACUUGGCUCCAAGAAUAAAACCUUGGACACCGUGCUCCGUACUCUGGACGACUUGGAGAAUGAGCAAAAGAAGGAACAAGAACGGCACAUGAGAGACAUGAGGGCCAAGCUGGAGGCCAAGGAUCAGCAAGUGAUGAAGUUGCAGCAGACGAUUCAGGAGCUGCAAGUCAGUUCCGACACCAUACAGGCGAAACAUGACCAGCUGGAGAAGAGGUUGAAAGAUAAGGUACGUGAUUGUGGGGUGUAA